AUGGCUGUGGCGGCUAUGGCCACGGCAUUGCUCAUGCUCGCGCUGGCAACGGUGUCGGCGUUGGCGACGGUAAGCGGCGCGCCCCGGAGGAGCAUGAGCCCGAGGCCGGAGUCCGACCUGGUGACCGGGCUGCCCGGGCAGCCGGCCGUCGCGUUCAGCCAUUACGCCGGCUACGUCGACGUCGCCUCGGGCGGCGGCGGCAAGGCGCUCUUCUACUGGUUCUUCGAGGCGGAGCGGGAGCCGGACAAGAAGCCGCUCUUGCUCUGGCUCAACGGAGCCGUGAACCUGCUGUUCCUGGAAGCGCCGGUGGGCGUGGGGUUCUCGUACACGAACCGGACGUCGGACCUGCGGCGGCUGGGCGACCGCGUCACGGCGCAGGACUCGUACAGCUUCCUCCUCACCUGGCUCGACAAGUUCCCCGAGUUCAAGGGCCGCGACUUCUACAUCGCCGGAGAGAGCUACGCCGGGCACUACGUCCCACAGCUCGCGGAGCUCAUCUACGAAGGGAACAAAGGCGCGAGCAGGGACAGGGCCAUCAGCAUCAAAGGCUUCAUGAUCGGGAACGCGGUGCUGAACGACGCGACGGACCAGCUGGGCAUGGUGGAGUACGCGUGGAGCCACGCCAUCAUCUCGGACGAGCUCUACUCGGCGGUGCGGCGGGAGUGCGACUCCUUCAAGGAGGAGGCCGACGGCGGCCGGCCCGGCAAGGGCUGCUCCCCGGCGCUCCGCGCCUUCCUGGGCGCCUACGACGACAUCGACAUCUACAGCAUCUACACGCCGACGUGCCUGCUGCUGAACAACGUCUCCUCCACCGGCGCCACGCGGCGGCCGGCGAGGCUCGUCGCGGCGCCGCGCCUCCUCUCCAAGCAUGAGGAGUGGCACAGGCUGAUGAAGCGUGUGCCGGCAGGAUACGACCCGUGCACGGAGGCCUACGUGACCAAGUACUUCAACCGCGGGGACGUGCAGCGCGCGCUGCACGCCAACCGGACGGGCCUGCCCUACCCGUACUCGCCCUGCAGUGAGGUCAUAAGGAAAUGGAACGACUCGCCGGCCACCGUGCUGCCCAUCCUCAAGAAGCUCAUGGGCGCCGGGCUACGCAUCUGGGUCUACAGCGGCGACACGGACGGGCGGGUGCCGGUGACGUCGACGCGGUACAGCAUCAACACGAUGGGGCUGCGGCCGCGGCGGCAGGGGGCGGCCGCUUCUGCUUCGGCAGGCAGUGUGGCCGCGCCGGAGUGGGGCGGGUGGCGGGCGUGGUACUACCGGCAGCAAGUGGCCGGGUGGGCGGUGGAGUACGAGGAGGGGCUGACGCUGGUGACGGUGCGCGGCGCGGGGCACCAGGUGCCGCUCUUCGCGCCGGACCGCUCGCUCGCCAUGCUCUACCAUUUCCUCCGGGGCCAGGCCCUGCCGGCCGCACGCUCCUCCGGCUAG